UGUUGUCUUUUACUUUUCUCCCUCCCAGAUUACCCACACUGCUGCUGUCAGAGUGUGUGCUGGUCUACAUGACACCCUCCCAGUCCUCCAAUGUGGUUCACUGGGCUGCAGAAACCUUCCACACCGCCAUGUUCAUCAACUACGAACAGGUGAACAUGAGCGAUCGGUUUGGUCAGGUGAUGAUCGAGAACCUGCAGCGUCGUCAGUGCACCCUGGCGGGAGUGGAGACCUGUCAGUCUCUGGACUCUCAGAAGGAGCGUUUCCUGAAGAUGGGCUGGGAGCACGCUGAUGCUCUGGACAUGAUGACCGUUUACAGUAUGCUGCCUCAGGAGGAUGUGGGAAGGUUCAAAAGGGAGGUGGAGGUGCUGGGAAGCUACUACCGCACUAUCGCUGCACUUCUGCCUCCUGUCCGAACCUGGCUGUCACCCAGAUGCGCUCGCAG